AUGGUUCAACAACUAAGUCUUUUCUCAUCAAUUUCCAAAUCCCAAUAUGAACUCACAAAAACUUCAAUUGAAACAUUAACAGGUUUUAAAUCUUUAACAUAUCAAAACAUAAAUUUAAUAUCAUCACCUAAAAUAAUAACAAAAUAUGAACCAAAUAGUAAAAACGCCCAGUAUGAACAAUACAAGAUAAAUUUAAAAGCUCCAUUUAAACCAGAAUUACAUAGAAAUGAUUACAAAGAUUGGAUAUUAUCAAUAAUGGAUAUUCCAAGUGCAGGUAAACGAAAAAUUAAUACUCAAUCUAUAUUAGAAUCAAAUAUUCAAAUUUUGGAUAAAGAAAGUAAUAUUGAUAAAUAUCUUGAUGAUUUAGGUUAUAAAGUUGAUACUGAAUAUGUUAUCAAGGGGGAAAGGUUUUUUUAUGUAAAUAAUAUUACAAUUGAAAUUUUUCAAAUCCUAGUCAAAACAGAAACAACACAAGAGACUGAAGUUAAAGAAAAGGGGGAUUGGGAACCAAUUGAUCCAAAUUUUUAUAUCAUAAAGGCAUUUAUAAAUGUGGAAAAGGCAACUGAUAUUGAAAAUUUACAAAAAUCAAGUAAUCAUUUAUUAAAUUUAAAGAAUGAAUUAACAGGAUUAGUUGAAUUAGAUAUAAGUGAUAGAAAUUCAAUGGAUUCAAGGAUUGGAUUGAGAAAGUGA